CCCCCUCUCACCGACGGCGCUGCUAUUGGCUUAUUGGUGACGUGAUUCCAUGGAGGAGUCGGCUCGAAGACUUUAUAAAAGCUUCCCGGUGUGCUGCCAGCCACUCUCCCUGAAAGCAAUCUUGCAGAAAGAACCACAAACACCUCCACCUAAAGGUGCACCAUGAGCGAGAGGCAAGUUUCUGGGCCUGCUGCCGGCAACAACAAAACCUCCGGAGGACAAGACGCGUCCAAGACGAACCUCCCGGAGGACUUCGACAUUGACAUGGACAACCCAGAGACCGAGAAGGCGGCAGUCGCCAUCCAGUCGCAGUUCAGGAAGUUCCAGAAGAAGAAGCGUGACGAGAAGUCCUAGUGGAAGACCCAGUGACAUUUGCAUGAGUCAUACCUUUGUAGUUUGAACUCAUCACUGGCUGUGAUAGAGCUUUGGCGGAAUGCAAUAGCCUUGUCUGUGACACAUCUCUUUAUGAUUACAUUUCUAUUUAUUACUCAUCAACUGCUGUAUUUAUCAAACAAGUGUUUUUUUUCUUUGUCUCAUGUUUUUGUUCUUGUCCCCAGAUGAUAAAUAUUGUGUUAGUAGAUGGAGCAAAUUAUGUUUGUUAGUCGACUUAGCCAACUGCAUCCUUCAACUUAAUCCUUUGUCCUAAACCGCAUGGUACUAUCAAUGUACACUGAAUGAAUAAAGACUGUUUGUGGAACAUG